AUAAAAUGCCAUUUUUACAAUUUUAUACAACAUUGCCUCGUAAUAAAGUACCCAGUGAUUUUAAACAAAAAACUGCCCAAGUAUUGACCCAGGUGCUCAGGGAUAAGCCAUUGGAGCGGAUAACUGUCCAUCUAUUUACUGAUCAAGAUAUCUACACUGGUAGUGAUCCUAACGGCACUGAACCUAACGCUUACGGCGUACUCCGUAGUAUAGGUAGUGUCCGACCCGAGGAUAAUCGGCAUACAAUUGACGAAUUAGCCCAACACGUGCACCGGGAGCUCGGGGUCAGUGUCAGUCAGUUUCGGUUGUUUUUCAUGGACUUGGAUCCCAAUUUGGCCGCAUUUAAUGGCAAAAUAGCCAAAGAUCAUGGAUUAUAAAAACAAAAACAAAUUAAUUUUAAUCUAAACUAAAAUAUUAAAACUAUUUUCUAUGAAAAAAAAAU